UCCUGUCGGCGACUUGAAAAGGGUACGGUGACGGAAUGGUGAAGUUACGACCCUAAAUUUGAGAGGUCAAUUUCCAUUAGGUCCCGAAUUAAAAUUGUAUUUCGCAGUGAUGCUCGUUCGAAUGGAAAGGUCUUGUAGGAUUCAAGAAACUCAAUAACAUGAAGUGCUCAUCUAUCAGACUUACGACUAAAAACGAUUAUCUAAUGAAAUCUGCUCCAUUUAAAAAUUCAGCAAAAAUCGAUCAACUGGCUACAACAAACUGGGUUACUAACGGAUAUCAUGGUUAUUCAUAUAAACUUGGUAGAAAUAAGCAUACAAGAUUACAAGCUCAGCCUAGACUAACAAUAACAACAUUAACAUUUCCUGAUACCAUUUCCUUAGAUAUGGAAAACACUACAAGCAGAUGGUCUACAAAAACUCCAAGGCUUACAAGUCAUAGAAGCAAAAAUUGUACUCCCCGAAAUAAUGUAAUGUGUAAUUACGAUGAAGAUUACAGUUUUGCCUACGAGACUGUAUACGACAGUGAAUGUCUUAACACCAGAGCGCACGACGAAAUUAUAUAUGAGAAUGAAGAUUUGAAACUUGAUUUCGAUAGCUACUUUGUUGCAGCUGAUAUCGAAGAAUUAAUCCUAAAAUCUCAAGAAACAGUAAAAGGUGUGGACGCAAAUACUCAAAUAAAACUUAAGAAAAAAAAUAAGAGGAAAGACGAGAAAAAUACUAAAAAAACACCAGACAAACAGAAAAAAUAUAUACGAUUCUCGUUAUCCAGGCCACCAAGUCCUAAAACUGAGCAGGUGAUUAGGGUUGACGUUACUUCCAAUGUGUCUUUCGGAGGCAGUUCUGAAACUGAAAGUAACCUAAAUUUAUUUAAAGUAAACCAAACUUGUAGAAACCACAAACAGAGAGAAAAUAAGCAUUCCGAAAAAAUGGAACAUGAAGAUUUUAGGAACAAUAAACAUAAGGAAAAUAAGCAUUUUGAAAAAAUGGAACAUGACAAUUUUAGCGUACGAUGCAAGCAAGUGGCGUUAACUCAAAAAGUCGUAUAAAAUUGCUUUCACAAUAUUCCUAAAAAUCACAUGUUUAUUGAAAUACUUCAU